AUGGUAGCUUCCUUGGGAAAGGGGAUGAGAAAGCUCGUCGUUCUGGUAGCCACCUCUCUCACGGUUUUUGCUACCUAUCGUCUCAGCCAUGCUGGAGAUCCUGUUCUCACCAGCGGGUUGUCCGAGACUAUCAAAAUAAUUAACGGAUGCACUGCUCUCGAACCUCGCGAUAACUUGACCGAUAUCCCUGACUUUGGAAUACCCAACACUGUCCACCAAAUAUGGAAGACAGCCAACAUCCAAGAAUAUUUUUCGAAGAUAAAACCAUCCCAAGAGGCAUGGAAGACCCUACUGGAGCCCCAAAAUUACACCAUCAAGCUUUGGACUGACGAUGAUGUCCUUGAGCUCAUCAAGUCCAAAUACACAUGGCUGCUGCCAACAUACACGAACUACCCUUACAACAUCCAACGUGCCGACAUCGCCAGACUGCUGGUUGUACAUACCGAAGGCGGUAUCUACGCUGAUCUGGAUGUUUAUCCAGAGUCAGCCGAGCAGAUAAAAUGCCUCCAACAUCUAGGCUUGCAAGCAAUAUUCUCCCCAACAACAGGUACUCUCGGUCUAAGUAAUCACUUCUUUAUGGCUGAGCGUGAUGCUCCAGUCCUACAGUGGUUACUUUAUGAGGCAAAGCGGCGGGGACGUGGUCUGAAGCCGCGAUGGAUAGCUCUGCCGUACCUACAGGUCUUCUGGUCUACGGGGCCUAUGAUGUUGACAGCAGCAUUCAAAGAAUACUCCUGGAUAUAUGGAUCAUUAUGGGAUAUCUUGGGGCUUCUAGACGAAGGGUAUAGUGGUACAGUGAUACAACAUGCUGCUGGGCGGUCAUGGCAUGCGUUGGACGGACAGGUGCUGAAUUACAUUGCGGAUCAUUUGGAGAUGGGGCUACAUAUAAAGGGCGUUGCAUGUAUUGUUAUGGUAGUAGGAAGUAUUUAUGUUGUUAGGAGAUACUAUGGUAGACGGUACUCCAGGGGAGGUACAGAGCCACGGAUUGCCCAAUGCUAG